ACGCUCACAAAAAUACGACAGCGUUUUCUAUUUGAAUGUACUCCACUGAGGACGUAUACACACUGGUAUUUGAACGAUGUACUCUCGUUUAUUUGGCUCGUGAUGAUGACGUCGAAACACAAUCUAUAUAAUGGCUCUCACGCGGAAUGUAGACAGAAAAUGGAGAAGACCACCUAAUAAGUACGGAAAAGACGCCUUGGAGACAUUAUUGAGAUAUUGAACCGCAGUCAUUGUAGAUGUAUACAAGGUAUUUAUCCAGGCUCUUCUCAGCUAUGGCAGGACCCAGGCCAGUGGUGCUGAGUGGCCCGUCGGGGGCUGGGAAGAGCACGCUGCUCAAGAAGCUGCUCAAGGAGUACGAGGGCAUCUUUGGCUUCAGCGUCUCACACACAACAAGGAGCCCUCGUCCUGGUGAAGAGAAUGGUAAAGAUUAUCAUUAUGUUACAAGGGAGUAUAUGCAGGCCAGCAUCGACAAAGGGGAGUUCAUUGAGAGUGCAGUGUUUUCCGGGAACAUGUACGGGACGAGCAAGGCCUCCGUGCAGGCCGUCAUGGACAAGAACCUGAUCUGCGUCCUGGACAUCGACAUGCAGGGAGUGAGGGCGGUCAAGACAACAGACCUCAACCCCAUCUACAUCUUCAUCCAACCUCCGUCCAUGAGCAUCCUGGAGAAACGUUUAAGAGACCGAGAGACUGAGUCAGAGGAGAGCCUCCAGAAACGUUUGCAUGCUGCUCAGGUGGACAUGGUGAUAAGCAAAGAUCCUGGCAUAUUUGACGUUGUCAUUGUCAAUGAUAGUCUUGACGAUGCCUAUGGGAAGUUGAAAGACACUCUUAUUGAGGUCAGUUGGUAUCGACAUGACAUAGCUGGGUAUGAUGGACUGGACCAUACGCACCAUUUCACUUGUUGAAAACCAAUUCGUCACAUAAUGUGUAUUGCUAAAUCCUUAAUAGAUCUUUGUCAGUGUUGAAUUUCACCAUCUCCAAAAUAUCAUCCUCAAACCUACUUUCUUUCUUAAGGAAAUCAAAAAAGUCCAGAAAACCAACUUGUCCUCUUAAGCGACGAGAAGCCUGACAUCCAUCCUGGCCACUCCUUACAAAAUGUCAGCCCCUCUAUUCCAAUCCUGAACAUUCUGGCAGAUACUGGUGUGGGAAGGAACUCCAAACAACAUCCCUUGCACCUAACCACACCUUUUGAGUGUGCACUAAGAUCUAGCAUAUGUAUUUACAUAUUAGGAGGAUAUAGGUAGGUAUUAAGAUGAUAAAAGCUGUAAGUAGAAGUGGACUAUUUUUGCUUUAUUUACUCAUUUGGCACAUUUUAGUUUUUUUAUCCACAAAGAAAAACACUCCAUUAAUGGUUAACCUGUGACUGAGAUGGUCCCUAAUAUGUUUUUUCUUCCAUGUUUACUGCAUACAGGAGUUUCUGCCAUUUUCUUUUUCUUCUGCACAUUUAGUAGUAUUAUAGCCCCAAAUCAUUAACUGUGUUCUCUCUGCUCUUCAACAACAGAAGGCCAUAAUAACAAGACUCAUUCCCACUAAUGGCAGUGUUGUAGUACUCGAGGCCACAUUGAGUGUCUCGGUCUUGUCUCAGUGUUGGAUACAUUUGUACUCGGUCUUAACUCAGUCUGGGACCAGCCGAGAUCAGCAGAGUAAAAAAACUCAUAAUUAUCAGCUUCCAUUCAGUCAGGGCAUAAAACUGCUUCUCCAGGCCAAAUAUAUACACUCCUUUCUUGAAACAUAAAUAUCUUAACAGCUUUUAUAUCUAGUAUAGACAUGUUUUCUCAGUGGUGAACCUAUUGGUCUUCAGUGUGUGACAGGUUAGUACAGUGGUGAACCUAUAGGCCUUCAGUGUGUGACAGGUUAGUACAGUGGUGAA